CCGUCCUUCUACAGUCAGAAAAGUAUGGCAGGGGAAAGUAAAAAAGCUUGUGUGGCCCAAGAUGAUAUUACCCCGAGGGAGUCAAGCCAAAGGGGAGGUAAUCAGGGUGCGUUACUCUUCAUCCUAGGAGCUUUGGUGGUGUUAGGUUUUUCGACCUGUGGAGUAGUUUCUUAUUUACAAUUUAAUGAGAUAAGAACUCUAAAGAGUCGUGUGCUUACCUUGGAACUGUCAUCAUGGGCGAGACAGGAUUCCGGAGACAAGAAAGGGCUUGUAGGUUUGAAGGACAAGUUUGAAGCCUUAGAGAUCCUAACGGAGAAUUUGAAUUUGAAAGAUCGGCGAAGGCGUCAGACUGCACCAGAUUAUACAGCAUUAUUACAGCAGUUUGUGACAACUGAGCUCCAAGUCUUACAGACCUACUGUACAAACUCUACAAAGAUUUGUGUCCGAGGCCAGCCCGGACAAAAAGGAGAAGCAGGACUUAAUGGAUUUCCUGGUACAAAGGGAGAACAAGGGCAUUUUGGAAUUUCCGGCCCUGCCGGACCCCGGGGGAACGAUGGUGCCCCCUGGACCUAGGGGACCAAAAGGUGAACCAGGGACCGUUGUGCAAGGGAUGAGAGGACCUAAAGGCGACAAAGGUGACAGAGGAGAGAUUGGACCUCAAGGAGCUAAGGGUACCGCAGCUGUGACGUCAUCGGUGGACACGAAUAAGUGCUGCGACAAUUUAUCGGCCCCUCAGUUUGUCCGUCCCCAGACAACGGUGAUUACAGCUACUCACGGGUCGUCGGUUGUCCUUCCGUGUCGCGCCUUUGGACUACCAAAUGCCGAUAUUACAUGUCCUCUAAAAUAGAUCUGUUUUAUCAAUUUUAGCGGCCCCUCAGUUUGUCCGUCCCCAGACAACGGUGAUUACAGCUACUCACGGGUCGUCGGUUGUCCUUCCGUGUCGCGCCUUUGGACUACCAAAUGCCGAUAUUACGUGGCAACCACCGGUGGACCCACUCUCCCUAGGAAGGUAUAUCCAGGAAUACAACGGCAUGGAAAUCCUGGAUGCUAAGUAUUCAGACUCAAUGACAUUUAAGUGUCGAGCCCACAACGUAUUUGGCACUGUGGAGAAAUUCAUCAAACUUAUCG